AUGACCAUCAACAAGAUGGCCGUGCAAAUGAUGCCAUGGGGCCGGAUGUCCAUGCGGCGAACACACUUGCAACUUUCCAACGCCCAUGGACAUCAGUUCCGUUGUUUUUCUGCUCCGACGGAUGGCUUAUCACUGAUAGAGAUGUAUCAGUCGCAGGUGGCGACGGGAACGCGACGGCACACUGCAGCGCAGUUGCCGUGCUUGGAGCGCUUAGACCUGCUGCAUAGGGAGCUGACAUCCUCGAAGCGAUCCCAACCCAGAGGCAUCUACAUCUACGGUGAUCCCGGGGCUGGAAAGACCAUGAUGAUGGACAUGUUCUACGACCGUGUCCGUGAGCAGGGUGUGGCAAGCCACAGAGCUCAUUUCCACGACUUCAUGUUGGACAUGAACAAAAGCCUGCAUCGAAUCCGGAAGGAUGUGGGCAAAAUGGCAGAUCCGUUGGCUCUGGUCGCGCAAGAGUUUGUCUCUUCCACGCCACUGCUCUGCUUCGACGAGUGCCACGUCCUGAACGUCGGAGAUGCGCUGCUGAUGUGCUCGUUCUUUAAGCACCUCUUCAAGGCCGGCGGCACGGUUGUGGCGACGUCCAACUUGGCGCCGGAGGAGCUGUAUUCCUCCGGCAUCAACCGUGAGGUCUUUCAGCCGUUUAUCGAUUCCAUCCUGGAUCACUGCGACCCCGUGCGUCUCGCAGCCGGCGAGGACUUCCGAGCCACGAAGUCGGCGCAGCUGGCGGCCUCAGGUGGAGAUCGGGCCUUCUUCUGGCCCCUGGGACCCGAGACGGACACGCGGCUCCUGGAGAGGUUGGAGAGCAUCUUGGGGGACUGUUCCGGGCCGCAGUUCGAGAGAAUUGCCGUGCCUAUGGGCCGAGUGCUGCCCUGCAGCCGAGUGUGGAGAGGAAAUGGCGUGGCUGCCGCAGAUUUCUCCUUCGAGGAGCUCUGUGUGGCAGCUGUGGGCACUCACGAUUACAUAGCUUUGUGCGAAGCUUUUGAUGUCAUCGUGGUCCGACGGGUGCCGCGCUUCGCGUCCUCGGACGAAAACGCUGCUCGACGUUUUGCAUCUUUGGUCGACGUAAUGUAUGAUCGGCAGAAGCGGCUGCUCUGCACCAUCGACGCCCCUCCCGGGGAGCUCUUCGCCUCCAUUCGGGAGCAGUACAGCGGGGGUGCCGAGGACGAGCAGGGGGCCUCUCAGGUGCGCAUGCCGUCGCAUGGGGGCUCCAGUGGCAAGCAUGUGGCCCAGUUCCGGCUCCCCCAGUCCGUGAAGUACACAGAGAGCGGGGGCUACAGCACCGACGGCUCUGAAGCUCCGAAGGUCGAGAAGGACUUGGACCAAGGCUGGGUGGAGUGGUCGGCGACUGGAUUGAAGGAUGCCUCGAUGUUCGACCUCACGUGUCACACCAAGGUGCAGCAGCAUGAUCGCCUGCUGCCGCUGCUCCGCUGCGAGUCUCGGCUUGAGGAGAUGUCGUACAUCCAACUCGAGGGCUUGACUCAGUGA